AUGAAAUUUAAAAAUUCAUUUGACAAUAAAUAUUUAAUAAAAAUAGAUAAUGAACCUAAAAUGCAUUAUUUAAUUAAAAUUUUUAAAGAAAAAAAUAAAAAAAUAGAAUUUGCAAGUAGGGAAUUGAGUGAAGAUGAAUGGCAAGGAAAAACUGAAAUUGAUGUUAAAUUAAAUAAAGCUAUUCCAAGUUAUAUAAGUUCUUCGAAAAAGUAUCCAAUGGUUGUGGUUGUUAAAGCAGUUAGUUUAAUAUUUUAA